UUUUUAAUUAAAAAAUACUGAUUCUACAAAGUUUCUUAAUUGCUUGUAGAAAGUGACUUUCAUCCAUUUGAAAUGGCUCCUUACACCAAUUCUUUAAUGGUACUAAUAUGAAGCAUUGCAUUCAACGUUGCAUAACAUUGUUAUCAAAUGACUUGCACAGACAGUGUUUCAAGUGCCAGCAACCAACUCACAAUAUUAAAGAGUGUCCUUCUCUGUGCAGAGAUAAAAAUAAAGUUCUGUUGCACGUGGAUAGCAAACAGAUGAACUUGCUUGCAGUGCUAGAAGUAAGGACUUAUCACAGUGAAAGCUGGACUGGAUUGUUUUGCUUGAAGAAAGGAAAACUAUGCAGUUUAAUGUUUGGAUUAUUAAUAAUGAUGCUAGUGAUGGCAUCCUAUAUACUGACUGGAGCUAAACGUGGCCUCUUGCUGAUGCAGCCAGCACUACGUUAUGGAGCUUUUACUAGCAGUUCAAACUUAAUGGACAAUGAGAGCCUCUGUGAUAUGAAAGACCAUUACCAAACAUCUAAAAUGAAUAUUUCAUAUGCAAAGGAUUAUCCAAGAAUUAAAGUAAUUAUUGACACAAUUACUGCAAACAUUGAGUUUAUAACUAGACAUCUUCCAGACUUAGAAGAUUUGAAGAAACAAGAGAUGCAUAUGUUCUCCGUAAUUCCUAACAAGUUUCUUCCAAACAGCAAGAAUCCUUGUUGGUAUGAAGAAUACAAAGGAAACACUACUAGGGACCCUUAUGCUACAAACUCAUAUGCGUUGUAUUCCAAACGUUUUCGGACAAUAUUUGAUUACCUUAGAAAGGUGUUUUGGAGCCAUCUGUAUCAUUACAAGGAGAAGCACUACCGGCUACGCUGCCUUCCCCAUUUCUACAUCAUAGGCCAGCCAAAGUGCGGAACAACAGACCUUUAUGAUAGGCUCAGGUUACAUCCCGAUGUGAGAUUCUCAGCAAUUAAGGAGCCUCACUGGUGGACAAGGAAAAGGUUUGGGAUAAUUCGUCUGAGAGAUGGCUUUCAUGAUCGCUACCCAGUGGAAGAUUACCUGGACUUGUUUGACUUGGCUGCUCAUCAGAUUCAGAGUGUGUUGCAGGGGGACACUGCAAAAGACUCCAACAAGAUAAUUAUUGGAGAGGCGAGUGCUUCGACAAUGUGGGACAACAAUGCUUGGAUUUUCUUCUAUGACAACAGUACAGAAGGGGAGCCUCCAUUCUUAAUACAGGACUUCAUCCAUGCCUUCCAGCCAAAUGCAAAACUGAUCGUUAUGCUUAGGGAUCCUGUUGAAAGAUUGUAUUCCGAUUAUCUUUACUUUGCAAGUGCUAACAAAUCUGUAGAAGACUUCCAUGAAAAAGUGGCUGAAUCACUGCAGCUCUUUGAAAAUUGCCUGGCAGAUUACUCCCUGAGAGCCUGUGUGUACAACAACACAAUUAACAAUGCCAUGCCUGUAAGGCUCCAGGUUGGUCUGUAUGUUGUUUUUCUCUUGGACUGGCUGACAGUUUUUAAUAAAGAUCAAAUACUAGUUCUCCGCUUGGAGGAUCAUGCAUCCAACGUUAAGUUUACUAUGCACAUGGUGUUCCAGUUUCUGGAUUUAGGUGCUCUGAGUGAAAAAGAAGAAGCUCUAAUUACCAAAAGUCCUGCAUCAAACACUAGGAGGCCUGAAGAUCGCAAUUUGGGCCCUAUGUUACCUAUCACAAAGGAAAUUCUGCGAGAUUUCUAUCAGCCUUUCAACACAAAACUGGCUCAAGUUCUUUCUGAUGAAGCUUUUUUAUGGAAAAAAUCCUGAUGUGUCAGUUCCGGUGCCACAAAUACAGUGCUUAGGAUUCUUUUAAAAUCUUGUUUUCAGGUGCAAGCAAUUGCCCACUCUGAGACCAAGCAAGCCUACUGCAGUUAAAUCUUUGUCUCCAUGUUCAGCAUACAAUAUGUCAACGAAGUUAUAUCAGAUUUGCCGAUUUGCCAUAGAAGAACAUAAAGCUCUAUCAAUGUCUUUUGUAAACUUUUUUCUCUCUCAGCAAACAGUGCACCAAUAGCCUUGAUAUGAAGCAGUCUUGCAUUCUGUGGUUAUGGUUUUUGAAAUGCCAUUUUUAAGCUAUUGUUACAGUACAGAAAGCACUAGCCACCUAAAAAUGCACAUUCAUUCUAAUUUUUAAGAUACGUCUUGCAUUCUUUUGAAACUAUUCAAAACAGCUUUUUAACCAUUAAAAGUUAAUUGAUUUUCAUCUGGAAGUCUGUUUUUAAUUUCAACAAACUCUUCAAUAUGUGUUCUCUUUGCCCAUAAUAAACCUAUUAAAUCUG